AGAAAGAAGUCAUUUACGUAGCUCUUCAGAAUACACGGAACCCACUGUGUGUUCAUUGAAGUGACAGAGCUACCAAUGUAAAGGUCGUAGAUUAACUGUUCUAUUAGUUCGCUGUUCAAACUCGACUAAACCUACCAAGCCGUGCCAACGACGAGGAAUGGAUAUUGUGCCAGUCAAAGGUGGAAGGAUGGUUCAAAGUAAUUAACUAUCGGACGGGGACAGUGUAGGUGGCGCAGCGAUGGACAAGGACGCACUCCACCAAUGCGAACUCAUCCAGAAUAUGAUCGAGAUCUCCAUCUCCAGUUUACAAGGACUCCGAACCAAAUGCGCAGCAUUGAGCGACCUCACUCAGCAAGAAAUACGCACUUUGGAGGUGAAACUGACUAAGUACAUCUGUAAGCAGCUGCAGUGUAAGCAGAGAGUGCCUGAGAGACAGAGGACCCAGGCCCUGGCCAGCUACCCUCGACUGGGAGACUGGCUCUGCACCAUCAACCUCAGACCUGAACUCAUACAGGCUGUACCAGUGAAACUGUCCCUGGAUGCUUUGCUGCAGAUGUCCAGUUGUCAGGUGCAGGACACCAUGAGACAGCUGGGCUCUGAACCAGAGGAGUGCUCCCGACUCACUGCUGCCCUCUCCUGCCUAAAGAGUGCCAGUGGGGACAUCAGAGAAGACCCAGGAACCUGGAUAUCAGAGCCGCCCCGCCGUGACAGUAACACCUUACCUCCUCCGGACCGUCGCCCCUCCACCCCCGCCACACUACCCCGUGGCUCCAUCCUCAGUCCGCAUACCCACGCCCGUUCUGUCUCUGUGACUGUCGUACCCUGUGUGGACGAUAAGGGGCAUCAAGUCUACACAGGAGGCAUGUCGGACGCUUUCCCCUCCUCGCCACUGCUCUUCUCCAAUUCCCCUCCCUCCAAGAGACGCGCCAAGCACCCUCCACGCAUGUCCCCCUCCCGAAAAUUGCUGCAACUCCCCUUCAAUAUCACCCUCACACGCAGCAAGAGCCACGAGUCACAGCUGGCCAACCGCAUAGAAGAGCCAGUGCCCAACAACAAGGGUGGGAAGAAGAACAAGCUGCUCCUGAAUGUGCACAUUAACAGUAGCAGUGGGAACGGGUGUGAAGACUCCACCCGGACCCCUGGCCCAGCCACCGCCCCCUACACCCUCCCAGGAACCCCUACGCUGCUGGAGCAUAACCUAGCAUUGCACCGGGGGUCUCCACAGAUGAUGAGGAGGGAUAUCGGCCUCUCUGUAACACACAGGUUUUCAACCAAAUCCUGGCUCUCACAGACGUGCCAGGUGUGUCAGAAGAACAUGAUGUUUGGUGUUAAAUGCAAACACUGCAAGUUAAAGUGCCAUAACAAAUGUACCAAAGAAGCCCUUCCCUGCAGGAUAUCUUUUCUCCCACUCCCGCAAAUCCGCCGGGCAGAAUCCGUACCGUCAGAUAUCAAUAAUCAAAUUGACCGUACGGCAGAGUUACCAAUCCAGUUUGGCACUUUACCUAAGGUGCUAACCAAAAAGGACAACCCUCCCAUGCUGAGCCAGAUGGAUUCCAGCAGUAACCCUUCCUCCACCACUUCCUCUACGCCCUCCUCGCCCACCCCCUUCCAGCAGAGCAACUCCCCCAGCAUCAACGCCACACCGCCCCCCAACUCCUCGCCCAGCCCCCAAGGGCCCCGAGACAGCCGCUUCCACUUCCCAGCUGGCUGUUAUUUACAACCUAGACAACAGUUUAUUUUCCCUGAUGUUUCCUCUUCACCAUAUCCUGUUGGACUACACUCUGAAGGCUACCAUGACACUGGAGACACACAGCAACUGGCACAAUCAGAACCUCCAUGUCAAGGACAGGAAUGUGGAGCGGAAGAGGAGGAAUACCCAGGGGAUGAAGGAAACGGGAGCAAGGAGGGCAGAGAGAAGGGCCACUCAAACGGAGAGUGUGAUGGGGAUGAGAUAGAGGACCUGCCCAGCUACCGGGGCCGACUGGCCGGUGGCCAAUGGAGGGGGCCCAUCUCCCGUAAGGCCAGCCAGACCAGUGUAUAUCUGCAGGAGUGGGACAUCCCCUAUGAGCAGCUGGAGCUGGGGGAGCUCAUUGGCAAGGGCCGUUGGGGGAAGGUUCAUAAGGGGCGCUGGCAUGGAGAGGUGGCCAUUCGGCUGCUGGAGAUAGAUGGGAAUAACCAGGACCACCUGAAGCUGUUUAAGAAGGAAGUGAUGAACUACAGACAGACCCGCCACGAGAACGUGGUCCUCUUCAUGGGGGCCUGCAUGGCCCCGCCACACCUCGCCAUCAUCACCAGUUUCUGCAAAGGUCGGACACUAUUCUCUGUUGUAAGAGAUGCCAAGAACACGCUAGACAUCAACAAGACAAGGCAGAUCGCUCAGGAAAUUGUUAAGGGUAUGGGCUACCUUCACGCUAAAGGAAUCGUUCACAAGGACCUGAAGUCCAAGAAUGUGUUCUAUGACACAAACAAAGUGGUAAUCACAGACUUUGGCCUUUUUGGAAUGUCCGGAGUGGUACAAGAGUACCACAAGAGGCAAGAGAACGAGCUGAGGCUCCCUCAUGGCUGGAUCUACUACCUGGCCCCUGAGAUCGUCCGCAGGAUGGGCACUGGGAACCAUGAGGACCGCCUGCCUUUCUCCAAUGCUGCAGAUGUCUAUGCCUUUGGCACCAUUUGGUAUGAGCUGCAGGCCCGUGGCUGGCCACUCACCAACCAGCCAGCAGAGGCCACCAUCUGGCAGGUGGGCAGUGGAGAGGGCAUAAAGAAGGUCUUGGCAAAGGUCAGCCUGGGCAAGGAGGUUACGGAGAUACUGUCUGCCUGUUGGUCCUUCAAGCUGGAAGAGCGUCCCUCCUUCACCCAGCUGACUGACAUGCUGGAGAAGCUGCCGAAGCUCAACCGCAGGCUUUCCCACCCAGGACACUUCUGGAAGUCAGCCGAACCGUGGGUUCAUCAUCAUUGCCUGCGGGACCAUUGCGGUCAGGGUCUGCAGUCUCGCUGCCCCUACAUAUAGAAAUAACACAUCUCUCAGUGACAACCGGUGCUUAUCAACCCAUAGGAAUAGCCUGUUUGGUAUUAGAUUCAGAGGAAUGGACAACCCAGCAGAAUAACUGGUAUCACAGCCAAUAGUGCCACCAAUAUAUAGAGUCAUGUAUCUUUGUCAACUUGCUAAAUGUACCAUAAUGCACUGCCAGGGUUGUUUGUUAGUUUUUUGCUUAACUUCAGUUUGUGUAUUAACAUUUUGGUGCUAGUAGUGGCUAAUGCAAACAGUCUAGUCUAACCACUUGCUUUCUUUCAAUUUUCCUCUCUAUUCCUCUCUCUCCUCUUUUUCCUCUCUCUAUUUCUCGCUCUCUCUCACCCUUCAACUUAGGUUGUAGCCUUCAGUAUGCAAGACGAAGUAAUAAUGAGGUUCAAUGUAAGAUGUUGACUGUGUCAGCAUGCUUGUUUGGCUGGUUGCUGAAUGUAAUGUACUGGACAACCACAGAUUAACCCUGUGAAAGACUGCAGUGAUUGAAUGUUAGCAGUGAUAACAAAGAUAAAUGUAUCCGAUAUAUAAAUAUAGAUAGAAUUGUUUUAUUUAAUGUACAGAUAACAUUUAUUUUAGGUGUACACAGUUUUUACAUUACAUUAUAGGUACUUCACAUCUAAUUAUGUAGAGCUUUAAAACAUUUUCCCCUCACAAAACACUUUGUAAACAAAAAAUGUACAUUACUUAAAGAUGAGUUGGUGUUUUUUAUGUCAUAAGAAUGUAUAUUUUUGUACAGAUUGUGGCUACAUUCAAGGUGUUUCUGGUUUCCUCAGUGAAAGACGAUAAAACUGAACUCACAUCA